GGAUGUGUGAGCAGGCAGCGCGCUACUGUAGGGACGGAGUCCACAAACUGCUUAACAAAGAACAAGCCAAACUUCGAGCCCAAGAAAGCCGCGAGCAGCCGAAACCCGUAGCCGGUCAGGACAGCGAGUCCGCGACGGCAGCGCAGUCCGGAAACAGCGGCGCCCAGCCCGGUGGAAUCGACGGGCUCGUCCGCUGGAUCGUCACCAAAAUGAGCGACAACAAGAACAUCUCCAGCCGGGAGUACGCUUCCAGCAAGGAGGAGGUGGCCGUGGCUCAGGAGCAGUUCUUCGCCCCGGAGCCGCGGAGAGGCAUCUCCGUGAUUUUGGAUAUAUUCAGAAGAGCCGACAAAGAUGAUGAUGGCAAGCUGUCUCUGGAUGAGUUCCAGGCUUUCUUCUCCGAUGGCACUCUGAACGAGGAAGAGCUGGAGAAGCUGUUUCACACCAUCGACUCCGAUAACACCAGUAAUGUUGACACUAAGGAACUCUGUGACUACUUUGCCAAGCACAUGGGGGACUACGAGGGCGUGCUGGCCUCGCUGGAAACACUCAACCUUUCCAUCCUCAAAGCCAUGGACUUCACCAAAAAGGUUUAUGAGAGAGGAACCAACGUGGAGCAAUUUGUGACCCGUUUCCUGCUGAAGGAAUCAGCCAAUCAGAUCCAGUCUCUCCUGAGCUCUGUGGAGAGCGCCGUGGAUGCAAUUGACGAGCAGCACAGCCAAUCAGGUCAUCUACCUGCCAAGGUGAGUCCACGGAUGUCAGAGAGGCGCAACGAAAACACCGUCCCUGACUAUCCCCCUAACAACAGAGUCAGUGCCAGGGAGGCUGUCAGGACCAUCAACACUGCUUCAGGUGCAGUAGAGGUGAGGAAAGAGGGUCUGGAUGCUCAGAUUAACCGCCUGGCUGAACUAAUCGGACGACUGGAGAAUAAGACAGUCUGGUUUGAUCUGCACCAGAGGCUAACAGACACAGAUGGCACUACCAGCGCAUCCUUGUUGCUGAUUCGUCAGGAGAUGGUGGUUUCCCAGAAAAAGCUUGGCGAGUUUUGUGAGGCUCUGAAGCAGUACCUGAAGAAUGUCUCCACUCAGAGAGACUGCUUUCAUGUGACUGCGGUGCGUCUGCCGGACGGUUUAUCCUUCGUCGUCUACGAGUUCUGGGAUGGAGAGGAGGAGUGGAAGAGGCACCUCCAGUCGGCCCCCAACAAAGCCUUUCAGCAUGUGAAGGUGGAUACACUGUGCCAGCCGGAGGCCAUGUCCUCUGUAGCCGUGCCAGCCGCCUGGUGCAGUGUGAACAGGGACUGAGCAUGAAAAUAUUCAACUACACGCCACGACUCCUGGACACUUCCCACCUCCUUUCGAACCCCUCCUUUCCACCCCUGCGUUUCACCCGCUCUCUCCCUCCUCCCCAAUCCCCUCCUCUUUCAACCCUCACAUUCCUCAACUCUUUUUGUAAGUACAUGUUUACACAGUGCAAAUGAAUGGUGUCAACUGCAGUGAAAAUUGAACAAACAGUGCGUUUUACGAUGUGAGAUUACUAAUGCGUUUGCAUCUCACCAUAGUUUGCUGGCUCAAGAUAUUGGAUUAUGUCAUGUUCACGUUUCAAGUAGCUUUGAGCCACUGUAAAGUGGAGUUUGUCAUGUAGCAAGGACCCUGGCGUUGAGUUUUUCAUGUAGCAGUUACUGUUUUGGGGUAGUGCAUUUUGGGAUGUGGUUUUUUCACUCCUGUUAGCAGUGGUGUAGUGGUAGUUGAUGAGGUGGCUGAAGUACUACGUAGGUGGGCAAGUUACAGAGGAAUAGGGCGAACUCCCCAACAUAUUCCAGUGGCUUUCUGGCUGAUAGGUGGCUAUUCUGUAAAUUACCACAAAAGAUGGUGGUUGUACCCCAUACACCUGUGAAUACCCUCCAUCACACCACUGCCUGUUAGGGUUGACCACAGGUAGCUCAUCUAGUCAGCCAUUAGUCAUAGUAGCUGCUCAUUCCACAUUUGCUCCCAUACACAGUACUCUAAUAAUUACAUUUUUUGUUAAUUUUGUAACUGAUGAAAUGCUCUGGACAUUAUUCUCACAUCAGCCAUUCUGAACUCGCAUCGACAUGUUGCGUAAGACUUAGUUGCCAGAUUAGCUCGCAAUCUCAGGAAAACUGAAUGCUUAAUUUCAGCUUGAAGGUUAGCUAGCUCCCUGGCUAGCUGUCACACUUGCUUUUCUGAGUCUCUAAGUAACUGAGUUGGGGUUGUAUAAAAAAAAAACAAAACAUAUAUAUACAUAUUAGGGUGAAAACCAUGAAGUGCAAGUACUGACUGGGUACAAGUACAAAAAAGGCUUGAGCGAUAUCCAAUUUUUUAUACCGUCCUGAAAUUUCUCUGGGGUAUACGGUGUAUGACCACAUAAGUGUAUGGCACUAACACCCCCCACCCAUCCAUCUCCAGCAGCAAGUGCAAUUCUUAUGCUCAGCUUUUCAUAUUAACAAGUACACACUAGAAACCCAAAAAAAUGUGUAGAAAAGCAAUAUUCUCACACCUGUUCAUUAAACAGAGAAAUACAAUUGGACACCUUCUGAAUUCAACUUUCUCUCAGUCAUUGAAGACUGAUGAGGCUUACUUGCCUCGUUAACUCAUCAUGAAACAGACUUCAUUCAAACUCAACAGAAACAAAAUAAAAUCAUCAAAAUCAAAAUAAAUCCUUAAUUCACCAAGUUAAAAGUAAGAAGAAGGAAACAAAGCUGGCAACUGGCUGUUUACUGUCCUGUAACUUCUCCCUCCACCACUAGGUGUUAUGGUGUCUUUCAGCUCAGCCGCCUGUUCCACCAUAGAGACCUGAGACUGAGCUCUGGCGGUGCGUGCUGUGCACUACAUUCAAUAAGUUUACUGAAAAGAAGACUGCCUGUAUUUCUUACAGUAUUAAAAAACAUACCUUCAAGAUUUCUUAAUACCCUGGUAUACUGUAAUACGGUGAUACUGCCCAAGCCUGGUACAAAAUGUAGUCUAAGAUUUUCUGCACUAACAUGGACAAGAGUUAGCUAAAGCUAGAAAAAAGCAGUAAAAUUGCAUAUCUGCUAGUUUAAUGAGUUGAUAAAAUAUGUAUUAAUACAAUUUUGUAAGGUAUACAGCAUCCGUACAUACCAUUAAUGUCAUUUGGAAAGCUUCCCGGAGGGACCUAAAGACAGCACUGUUGUUAGAUUCUGAAAGCUAGCUGUAAUAUUUGCCUGAAGACGACCUACAUUUUGCCAUUUUACCGUCUCAAAGUCCAUCUCCAGUUGGCUCUGAUAUGUGGACUAGUUUACUGAGGUAUUUUACUGUAAUAAUAACCACUACUCUCCUUUAGAUUAACGAGAGCAGCAUUGGCUCAAUACCUCACUAUAGGUUACACUCCUCUACACACUCACGCUAUAAGAGAACCAGAGUUACAGUUGUACCUUUAGGUUGACUUACUUGCAUAUUUCAGACUCUUCAGGUUCGUAUAUUUAUGUGAAAUGGCUGCUGUGGGAGUAAUGUCUAAAGUGGUAGGAACUUAUUUAGCAUGUGUAAACAGAGCAAGAGAAUGAGCAACAGAACGCUAAACCCAAAUCUCUGUGAAGCCAAACACAAUGAUUACAUCACAAGGUGUCCAGCCAAUGCGAGAGGGCCAGUUCAUUAUACUGAAUAAUGAAAAGAUGUCAGUCUUAUAAUAUAUUUGGGUUUGUAUAUGGUUUUGUGCAACAAAUGUGGAGAAGCAUCCAGAGAGUUAGUGAGUUAGAUUUCUUUAUGUAGCUUUUAUUUCAUGAACCACAUUGGGGUUGAGUCUCUUAGCAAUGACAUCAGGGUCAUUUAAGAGGUCAGAUGAUUAGAUUGUUUUGCUGUAAAAGGAUAAUUUGUGACUUAGACAAGAGUCUGCUGCUACCUUGAGACAGAAGAGACUAAGUAGAGAGAUAAAGACAGCACCUCACUGUUCUCCAUGCAGCUAAAGUUUGUUUAAUUUCUGCCUUCUGUUUGUGUAUCCUUUGUCUGAAUUGGCGGUGGGUAGCUUAUAUUAGCUGU